AUGAAUUCCGACAUGUCCCCCACCGACGUGGUAAGAGAAGGUAAAUCGGACCCCAAGGAGGAUUACUUCGUGUCUGGCUCAGAUAAGCCUUCUGAAGGCUUUAAGGAAUCUGGCACAGUAUACCACAGAGCGUCAGAUUCCACACUCCAAAGCCUAUCCUCACUAGAAACUCAAGCCACUCUUCAAUAUAACUCAAGCCUAACACACUCAAAGUCUAUAGAUUACCCCUACGAUCUUGAUAAAAAAACACUCUACAGUCCCUUGUAUUCACAGAACCCCUUUGAAAAUGAACAUUACCUCAGCUCUGCAGAUUCAAAUCUCACACACUCUGCAGAUCCCAAUCUCAUUCAACAGUCUUCUAUAGACUCUAAACUUGUUCAACAGUCUUCUGUAGAUCCUAAACUUGUUCAUUCUGCAGAUUCUAAGCUUGUUCAUUCUGCAGAUUCUAAGCUUGUUCAACAGUCUUCUGUAGACUCCCAAAGUUCACAAAAUCUUACUUCCCAAAGUAUUAACACACAAAAUCUCAACUCACAGAACCUCAGUACACAAAGUAUUAACACACAAAAUGUUACUACAAAUGUUAGUGGACAAAAUGUUAGUGUACAGAAUGUGAAUUUCGUGAGUCAGGGUGAGGACGAGAAAUUCCAGCGUGAUCUUCAGGAUGCUGGUGUAAAAGACUCAGUUUCAAAUUAUCUUAAUCCGGUGUACUGUCCGGAGGGACUAGUCCAGCCUCAGAACAAGGUAGUUGCGGUGAACCCUGUGAUCUUGGUAGACAAGGUGGAGCGUUCACUAAUAGUCCAGUGGUACGAAAACUCGGUAAAAAGAGAACAGCGAAUCUCGUAUAAAAAGUACGGCAACGCUAAGGCUCAGCAGAGAGCUGAGGGGUUAAUAAGUAAGCUCUUGGCCGGGUCAACAUUUGACCAGCUUUACCCGGAAAAAGGCCCGCCGAUCCUGACAAUAUUUGAGAAUGUAGGCAAGUCCAUGGUCUCACUCACGAGGGACAGGAUAAUCCGUGAGUGGAGAGUGGACUGGCUGAAUAGCAACGGCUCAAAAAUGAGAGCCAGAUGGUCCUGUAAGAAAGUCGGCAACGAGGAAGCUCGGAAAAGAGCAGAAACCUUUGCGUACAGCUUAAUACAGGGGACUUUUAACCCACGACUUCUCCACAAAGCUACGGGGACGAGAUUGUCUAAAAAUGACAUGAAAUACAACGCAGUAGUGUCGGGACUCGACUCCCAAAUGGACUCCAAAGCCAUCAGUCAACUCAGCGAAUCAAAUUGGCAAAACUCAGAAUCCACGACAAAGAGAAGAACCAAAAAAAGAUCCGUCAAAAGCUCCGAACAAAAGAAAGGCAGAGCCAGGAAAAGAAAUCUCAACACCUUUACAGAUCCCAACUCCUCAAACUCAUUGAACUCAGCCAACCUAAACUCUAAUCCCUCCUCCAACUUACAAUCUAAUCUCUCCUCUAAUCUCCCCAAUCUUUCCAAUAAUCUCCAAUCUGGACUACAGUCUGGACUACAGUCUGGACUACAAUCGGGAUUGUCAAACGCUUUUAAUGGGAAUGGUGGUGAGAUGUCUCAGUAUAUGAAAUCUCAUUAUCCGUACAUGGGUAUGGUCCAGGAUCCUGGAUUUUCGGGUUAUUAUCCUAUGUACCAGGAGGAGGAGUCUGGUAAGCAGUUAGACCCAAACAGUGCCUACGCAACCUCAAUGUUACAGCAGAACUGGAUGGACUGGAACACUAACAUGCAGAAGGUAAUGCCCUACGGCCAGGAGUGGGAUUACACGGCCAACUCUGGGAUGGUGGAUUACACGGCCAAUUCUGGGAUGGUGGAUUACACGGCCAACUCUGGUAUGGUAGAUUACCCGUUUUACCAGCAGCCAAGUUCCGGCGUAGCAUCCAGCAGUAUGACGUGGGACCCGUUAAACUACACAAACCUGAACAUGUACAUACAUCAAAACGAGUUACAAACUGGGAGAGAAUUUGACGAACAAGCGGAGUCAAGGCUAGGGAAUCAAUAUUUCAGCUACUACCCAGGCGACCAGCCCUACGGAUUCCAAGAGAACAUUCUCAACCAAGAACAAAUCAUGGGAUGCUACUACAACUAUCCAAACACCAUCAGAAUCGAACCAAACCAGUGGACAGAAAAUAAGGAGUUUACUGAUUAUAACAAGGAGUUCACAGAGUACAAUAAGGAGUUCACAGAUUACAAUAAGGAGUUCACAGAGUAUAACAAGGAGUUCACAGAGUAUAACAAGGAGUACAAUGAAUAUAAGGAUGAGGUGAAGUGUGAGGAGGUUGAGAAGGGUAUGUCUCAGGUGACGACAUUGGCGAAUUACAAGAGCAUAACGGGUACGAGUAUUUGUAGUGAGUUGCCUCCUCAGAACUUGUCAGUUUCGACUCGGAUGUACACGACAGACCACUACGGCUACGUGAACUCAGAUUUAGGCGAUGUUAAGCAGGAGGACUCGACCCUAAACUACUUCUCAAAUGAUCUCGAGGACCCGCUCCAGCCACAACCCAUGACACAGACACUUAAGAAAUCAGACUCCACAACGUACCAAAAGGAUAAAUUCCCAGAAUCUUACGAUAGCGUCACUUACCGAGAUGCCGAAGAUCCCGUCAAAUACUAUAACAUGUGACAUUUUCACUUGUAAAGUGUAAAAUAUGAAGAAUUGUGUAAAGUGUAAAAUAGUGUAAAAUAGUGUA